GAGGGGCUUGUGGGACGGCCAUGGCACCGCUGAGGGACUGCAAGGCCUGGCAGGAUGCUGGACUUGGGCUGUCGACCACUAGCAACGAAGCCUGUAAGCUAUUUGAUGCUGCGCUAAGCCAGGUAUGACAUGAAGCAAAAAUAAGAGAAGGAGGGUCUUGUGCACCAAGUAGUCUUUGCUGUAGCUGACUUUUGAAUUUCUGACUGUCUGGAAGAUGAGAAGAUGGAUGUAGUUUUAUCGAUUGAGGAAAGAACACUUAAGCAGUCACUGCUAGUGUGUACUUAGACGCACGCCCGUGAUGCUUUCCCACAGCAGAGUCAAAUCUAACAGUAUGCAACGUGGCGCAACGAUGAGAAUCUAGGAGGUAUUGAAGGGUGUCUUUCCAAGUUAAAGGCUGCAGAUCCAAAUUUUGUCAUGGGACAUGUCAUUGCUAACGGAUUGGAGCUUAUUGGCACUGGAAGCUCAGUGCGGCUCAACAGAGAUCUGGGCAGUGCGCUGAAAACAAUGAUGACGCUGUCGAGAUCUCAGCCUCUGACGGAGCGGGAGAAGCUUCACGUAUUGGCCUUGGACAUGUUUGCCAGUGGACAGCUUCCAAAAGCUUGUGAUGUAUGGGAACAGAUUCUACAGAACCAUCCGACGGACUUGCUAGCCCUCAAAUUUUCCCAUGACACUUAUUUCUACUUAGGAUAUCAAAUACAAAUGCGAGAUUCUGUUGCUCGGGUUUUUCCUUUCUGGACACCUGACGUUCCUCUGAGCAGCUACGUGAAGGGCUUCUACUCUUUUGGACUCAUGGAAACAAACUUUUUUGAUCGUGCAGAGAAGCUUGCCCGUGAGGCUUUGGAUAUAGAGCGGACAGAUGCGUGGUCUGUUCAUACUGUAGCUCACGUAAAUGAAAUGAAGGCAGAGGUGGAGAAAGGGUUGGCGUUCAUGAAGGAAACAGAAGACAACUGGAAGGGCAGUGAUAUGCUUGCUUGCCACAAUUACUGGCACUGGGCUUUAUACUUUAUGGAAAAGGGGGAACAUGAGGCUGCUUUGACAAUUUAUGACAACCACAUAGCUCCCAGGCUCCUGUCGGGUAGAAGCAUGCUGGAUUUAGUAGAUAGCUCUUCGAUGCUGUACAGGCUUCACCUGGAAGGUGUGAAGCUUGGAGACAGGUGGGACAAUGUCCUGAAGCGUGCAAAGCAGCACAGCAAAGACCACGUUCUUCUUUUCAAUGAUGCACACGUGUUGAUGUCCUCACUUGGAGCCAAAGACCACAAAACUACGAAUGAGCUUUUAACAACUCUUCAAGAACUUGCCAAAGAACCUGGCGAAGACCACGAGCUUUCUCUGGCUCCCAGUGUGGGGUUGCCAUUACUGCAGGCUUUGGUGGAGUUUGAGAAUGGGAACUGUGACAAAGCUGUAGAUCUGCUGUACCCGAUCCGUUACCAACUGAUCCAGCUAGGAGGCAGUAAUGCUCAGAGGGAUAUUUUCAGCCAGCUAUUGAUUCAUGCUGCUUUAAAUUGCAAAUCCCAAGCCAAACAAAACCUCGCUAAGUGCCUCCUGAGAGAGCGUGAUGUGAUGAGACCAAAUUCACCAAUGACAGAGCGACUCAUAAGGAGGGCAGCGGCUGUUCAUUCAGUGGCAUAAAUCUGUCCUCACUGCUAGCAAUAAGCUCAUCAAUCAAAGUCUGGGUGCUUUGGGUGGAGGGAUGCAGUGCUGUAAAGCAUGCUGGAGAACCCCUAGGAGCGAGAGACCUGAUGACAGCUUACUUGGAAGAUACAACCUGAAAUGCAACAGCUUUAAAUCCUGGAUGAUUCCACUAGGAAAUUAGAAGCUUACCUGCUUGUAAUGCGCAGCUACCUGAAUCUUCCUGGGACACCGUUUUCUAGUAGAGUUUCUGUGCAGUUCCCUCUGAGCGUGCUCAUAUUCAGUACAGUAGCAGUGCCAGGCUUUCAGUCCUUCAUUGGCCCAGUUUGUUACUUCGUGAAAAUAUGUUAAAUAAUCAGUAAACUUUCCAGACAAUUCAAAUGGACCUUCUGAGCAUACGAACAGAAAAGUAUGGGGCCAGAGCCAAUAGAGUGUGUCAGGUUUUCAAUCCACUAAGACUUGAUUUACACUGGCUUUACCAAUCUGUCUGCCUUCAGAAUCUGUUUGUUGGUGCAUAUUUUUAAACACUCUCUUACAAGAGUAAGUUACAUUUUUUUCCUUUCAGUAUGUUCCCUCAGAGUUUCCUUUAAUUACUAGGGGAAUGAAUCCAGACAAUGGGGACAAUAGCUAACUGCUUGUUUGGACUAUUUUAAUGUGCAUAGUUGCUUAGCAUUUUAUCUUUUUUUUUUACUAGAAAUUUUAAGCCUGGAUUUCAGCUAAAACUGCGCGAUCUCUGAGUGUUAGUUGUAGCUACAAUCUUAGCACUUUCCUUAACUCUGGGAAUGUCAGGCCUUACUACCAUCUCGAUAGUGCACAUGCCAUGUUAGCAAAGUAGUGUUUAAAACUAUUUUUCAUGCACUUGAGAGGGACAUUGGGUAUCUCAGUGCAGAUAAAGAUUGGAAGGAAGCUCUCAUGGAAGGAGAGCUAAUAGUAACCAACACAAAGCUUUAUCCUGCCGCAAAUGAUUUAUCAGGCUUUGAUGCUGCAAAUAAGGCGUGAUAUGAACUGUGAAGCUCUGAGAGUUUCUGGUGCCUCUGGAUUUCUGCCUCUGCAGGGUAGCAGAGGUAACGUUGUCUUGGAGCAGUAAUACAGAAUUCCCUAAUGGAAGGAAGAUAGAGUUUCAAAGCAAUUUUAAGGCCUUCUCUUGUUCCAGAAGAGAAAUGCUUCUCUCUUUAACUACCUAAGCUCUGACAUCUGCCAGCACUCCUGAACUCAUGUGCCUACACCUCCUUCCUUCCAGUUCAGGCUCAGCCCCGUGUCCCACUGCAGUUUUCUCUCACAUGUAAUCCUUUUCAUGCAAAGUGCUUCUGUAGCUGGUCGUGCACUUACCCUGGUGCUCCUACACAUAGACUUGAAAUGAGCAAGUGCCUUGCUGCCAGCCUUCUUCCUUCAUUUAAGGAAAAAUAUUUUAGCUAUAAAUUGAUGACAGUGUGAAAUCAUUUAAAGGCUUGCAGCCUUUUGAAUCAUAGAGUCAUAGUUCCCAGCGUAUCAGCUAAGUCAGUAGUUUAUGUGCCCAGGCAUGGUCCAACUCAUUUUUAGUCUGUAUUUCAAGCAGUGACUUCAGCAAAUAAAUUUUUACUCAAUGAAUGUCAGAAAUCUUACUAGGCAACAAAAGCCUGGGAAAUCUGCUGCCUGCUUACAAAAUGUGUAUCCUAAGUGAUGAAUUGCUAUGCAAAUCUAAGAAUGACAUUUUUAGUAUUUCUGAUACAGUAUGAUUUACAACCUUGUCUGCUUUGCAUCAGUAAAUUCAGAGAUGAGCUCAGCUGAACAAGAAGCGUGUGACUUCUUUGCCUCUAAGGAUGAAUCUUCUAAAUGGGUUAUUCAACUUGAGUUUGUAAACCUAUAAAAUAUGCUUUGUCUUUUUUUUCCAUGAAUGUGACUAAAAGCUUUUUCCAUUCAUUAGUGCUACGUUUUGCUAUAAAUGAGCACUUUUCUGUUUUUCUGCCCCAUCUUUCUCUUCUUCCUUUUAUUUGAAAUGAUCCAACUGGUCUUUCUGAACCAUUUUUACUAACUGCUAUGUGAAAUAAACAACAAACACACAUAGCUUGGUCAAGAACAGGAGGAGAAGCAGAGGAAGAACUUAACCAAAGAGCGUGCUGACUCCUAGAAGCUCCCCUUUUGAAAUCUCAGUAGAACAGUUGAAAAUCAGCUGUUACAAAUAUUAUGUAAGCAUUUGCUGUGAUGCUUUUUUGCACAGAUUGUGUAUACACAAACGCAUCCUUGCUCUUGUUUUAUUUUUGCCGCUCACUCUGAAGUGAGCUACUACAGUGGCUCAGAUACAAUUGAAUGCUGUGGCUUUGGAUCAAUCCAAAGACUUAAGCCCUUAGUGCCUUUUUAAGAGUCCCGGAUGCGGGUAAGCCCCAACAUUAAUUUACCAGUAUAAGGCAGGGCCCCGGGUGAACCUUUCAUGCAGUUUGUUGAUAAAUUGAAAGGCAAUCUGGUUAAACAGGUGGGAAAUGAGGAAGCACGGGAAAUAUUGCUACAAAAGAUGGCUAUAAAAAACGCUACUGAGGAUUGUCAGGGAGUUCUCCGCCCUCUGAAUAAGGCUACCCUCUUACAGCUAAUAGGCACUUGCAAUAAAGUGGGCGCUAUGCAGCAUCAGUGCAACAUGAUGGCUGCAGCGUUUGCGGCGAUGAAAUCAAACUUUUCAGAAUUACUUUGCGUGUUGUCAGCCAGGUCACUUGCACCGAAAUUGUCCAAACAAAAAAGUCACUCAGCUGGCCACCCCGGGGCUGCCUCACAGCCCAGCAUGGAGAGCUCCAGCUGCGAGAGUCUCGGCACCAGGCAGGCAGUGGCAGUGUGGCCUCCCAGCGCCAUAUUUAAAAGAGGUGUCUAAUGAGCGGCUAUUCACGUUACUGUAUUCCCUUUUGUUUUUGAUUAAUAGCUGAAAGGAGUGUUACUUCAUCGCACAUAUUUGGUCCCAUACCAUUUUGCCCAGACUGUUUGCAGAAGUUAAACUUGCAGAUAAACUUGCAGAUAAACUGGCAGGUGUUGUGGUUGUACCUAGUACGUUUGAACAGACGUAGUUAUUGCAUACCUUUUAACACCAAAAUGUGAAAGCUUUGCUAAUAACUGGGGGAAAAGGUUAUGCUUGUGUUUCCACAGGCGCUGGUCCAUGGUGGGUUCCAGCCAGAGUCAUAAAGCCCUUCUUGACUGUACCAUCAGCAUCUUCGGAUCCAUAACAACCUUCUGUGGAUCCGCUUGGUACAACUAGACUGCAAGUAAUCUCUCAGCAUCAAGCAAUGUGACAGCUACCUCAGAAAAUUUGUUUUGUGGGGCAAAAGCUACAUGUUGAAAACUCAUGGGGUUGGUUUGAUGGGUGAUAUCAAGGUUUAGGACUGUGGGUCCAAAAGGUGGUGCAGACUAAUGUGUCUUUUUGUUUUUGCAUACUUGUUGGUAAGUAUUCCUUAUAUUCAAUCAAGUGGUUGUUGUUCAAACUAAUAAAGAAGGGGGAGAUGUGGGACCAUACGAAAACAAAGCACUUUGAUAUGUAAAAGACCUUGGGAUGAGUAAACAAGCUCAGCAGCUACUUGCACCAGACGUAAACGUGCAUGAGGCGCCUGGCGAGUAC